AUGUUUCGUGGUACAAAUUCUGCAGAAGGGGUGCCCGAGUUAUCUGAGGCAGACAUGAUUGUAUUACUUGGUGAUUUAAAUUAUCAUCUUGAUGACAUUUCCUAUGAUGAAGCAAGAGACUUUGUGUCUCAAAGUUGCUUUGAUUGGCUUAGAGAAAGGGAUCUGCUUCGAGCAGAAAUGGAAGCUGGGAAUGCAUUCCAAGGAAUGCGUGAAGCAAUAAUAACAUUUCCUCCCACAUGCAAGUUUGAACGGUACCAAGCUGGUUUGGCAGAGUAUGAUUCUGGUGAAAAGAAACGCAUCCCUGCCUGGUGUGACAGAAUUUUGUAUCGUGAUAGUCGCUCUUCUUUGGUUGCUGAAUGCAGUUUUGAGUACCCUGUUGUCUCCGCAGUAUUGCAGUAUGAAGCAUGCAUGGAUGUCACAGAUAGUGACCACAAGCCUGUGCGCUGCAUAAUUUCUACAGAUAUUGCUCGAGUAGAUGAACCAAUACGGAGACAGGAGUUUGGAGAGAUUCUCGAGUCAAAUGAGAAAAUAAAAUGUCUUCUGAAAGAAUUGUACAAGAUUCCUGAAACUAUCAUAAGGCAGUCUACUAUUAUGGAGGAUCGGAAGGCAGCAAACCAUCAGUUGAGAGGUUCCUUUGGCUUGCCUAGGUGGCUUGAGGUAAGUCCUGCAACAGGUAUUAUAAGACCAGAUCAGAUUGUGGAGGUAUCAGUGCAUCACGAGGAAUUUUAG